AUGGAAGCCCUCAAGUCCUUAAGCUCUCUCCUCUUCAGCAGUCAGGCUCCGACGGUAUCUGAAAAGAUCGAUGAACCACCGUUUGCUCGUGCGAACCCAAACGAAGCCAUUAAGACAUAUCUACUUGAACGGAGCGCCGAAUAUCGAGAGAUCAGCGAGCUUCGGCAACGAGGAUGGGACAACCCCGAAGGAGACUCUUUCUUUCAGAAGCAGCGACAGAACGCUGACAAGUCCGACGACCGGACAGCUGCGUACUUCUUCGAGCUGAUGAAACGCAUCGGACAUGAGCUCCAUCGAUCUACGGGCGCCUUGGCCGUACAGCGAGGCUCGCCACAUCCAAAUAUCCUCGACACGUGCAUGGCGCCAGGGGGGUUUCUCGAAGUCGCUCUGAGCAAAAAUCCAACAUCCAGAGCCUUGGCUUUCAGUCUACCCGCAUCUGAUGGUGGUCACAAGGUCCUACUCCGUAUGACGUCGAAAGCUGAGAUAAGGUAUCUGGAUGUUACUAUGCUCGCUGCAGACAUGGGGGUCGAGGAAGUUCCUAAGGAUCACCCCGAUGCCGAUAGAUUCCUACCACGCCAGCUCGAACCGCGCCAAUUUUUCGAUCUAGUCUUCUGCGACGGUCAGGUUCUUCGAACACAUACGCGGGCCCCGUAUCGAGAGCGGCGAGAAGCGAGGAGGUUGUCGGUCACGCAGUUGGCUCUUGGACUUGAGCACUUGCGACCAGGGGGGACCAUGGUUAUUCUUCUUCACAAGCUUGAGGCAUGGGACACCGUAAAUACCUUGUGGAGAUUCCACAAAUUCUCUACCGUUAAACUUCUAAAGCCCAAGUCGGGCCACGCCAAACGUUCUUCUUUUUAUAUGAUAGCUACGGACGUCCAAAGUUGUCACCCUGAGGCUGUUCGAGCGAUCGAUAUUUGGAAAGCUACGUGGAAAGUAGCCACGUUUGGCUCGGACGAGGAGUAUCAACGCAUGGUAUGGAGCACCGAGCUUAGUGUAGAACAGCUGCUCGACGAUUUCGGGCUGGAGCUCGUGACGUUGGGAAAAGAAAUUUGGAAAGUCCAAGCAGACGCACUCGCGAAGGCGCCUUUUAUUCAAGGUACGUCAGCUAGCCGGUAG